AUGCUCCCGUCGCGUCCCGUGGAGAUGUCAACGGAGUUGCUUGGGGUGUUGGCGAUGAUUGUUUCCAGCCUCUCCGUGAACGUCCUGCUCACGCUGUGCAGCCUCGUCGCUGCGAAGGGAUGGUCUGACUCCGCCAUGCUUGCCGUUGCCUGCACCCUGGGGCUCGUCCUCCUUCUUAUGUGGCUCCUGGUUUCCAGGCCGCCUUCGCCCACAGCCACGGACGCCAGGUGGAUCUCGUGCAUCGGCUUCUUCAGCGCUGGCUCGUGCGUCCUGAUGUUUCUCGCUGUUCAUGUGGGCAUCCCGCUGGGCGAUUUCGCGGCGAUGAACAGCACCAACACCGUGUUCGCUGCGUUUCUCGGCCGCCUGUUUUUGGGCGAGGCGAUGCGGUGGUCGCACUACGCCGCAGUGGUGAUGUCGCUGGCUGGCGCGAUCCUGAUCUCGCAACCCGAGGCCAUCUUCGGCCCCACGCCCGGCCAGGAGGCCCAGGAGCACGCUGGUUGGAUCGGCUACGUGCUCGCGCUCCUCAGCGGGUUCUGCGACGGGUGCAUGUACGUGUGCUCGCGCAAGGCGGAUCACGUUCGACCGAUAUUCAUCCACGUCUCGAUCAUGGCCCAGCUGAGCCUCGCCAUCACCGCCUCGAGCUUCGCCAUGGACUACUUUGACCUCGGCCCCUUCGCGGCGGCGCCCGCGGAGGCUCUCGGCUGGCUCGCGGGCAUCUUCGUCGUGGGCGGCGUCGGCUUCGGGCUCUUCGUCACCGCGGCGCAGGCGUGCCCCGCUGCUGUGAGCGCCACGGUGGACACCGCCACCCGCAUGACCUCGGGCUUCGGGGCACAGCUGCUGCUGUCUGGCGCAGCGAUGACCCCUGAGACCCUCAGCGGGGCGGCUCUGAUGCUCCUGGGCGUGGCCUUCAUGGCCCUCGCGCGCGCCGCUCCCGAGGGCGUGCCCGCCCUGGAGGGCGCGCAGGGAGGCGAGGUCUCCGAGGGCCCGCCGGCCAGCGCCGACCAGCCGAGCGAUGGCGACACCGACAGCCUCGUGUCGCUCGUGUCCUUCGCGGCCUCCGAGUUCUCGGGGUGCUCCGCGCGCGCGGCCGCCCUGCGCCAGCGGCACAGCCGCCGCGCCUCCACGGAGCUGUCGCCGCAGGUGCUCGGGGUGGUGCUCGCCGGGUUGCCGGGGCCGCCGUGCAUCACCACGGCGUCCGCCUGA